AUGAGUGUUCUUGAGAACCAGGUGGGGCUGGAUCCGAGCGAGAAGAAGGACAAGAAGGAGAAAAAGGACAAGAAAGAAAAGAAGGACAAGAAGGACAAGGACGUGCCGCCAGCAGACGCGGUGCUGAUCACAGACCUCCCGUCGGACGUGAUCAAGACACACGGCGACGCCGGAGACGGGGUGAGGAUCAUCACGGAUGCGCCGAAGUUUCGGGUGGUGCCGCCGUUGAACUUCUGUCCCGUGGAGAAGCACUUGUACCGGUCGGGCCAGCCGUCGGCGCUCAACCACUCGUUUCUCGAGCAGUUGAACCUCAAGUCGAUCAUCUGGUUGGCGAUCGAGGACCCGCAGGACAGCUUUCUCAAGUUCAUCGACGAGAACAACAUCAACUUCUUCUACAACUUGGGGUACGACUCGAUCGGAUCGAAUUCGUGGGACGGCUUGAGCGAGGCCAGCAUCAAGCAGGCGUUGGAGAUCAUCUGCGACAGGCGAAAUCACCCGCUGCUCGUGUGCUGCGGAAUGGGUCGCCACCGCACGGGCACGGUCAUUGGCUGCCUGCGCAAGCUCCAGGGCUGGAACCUCGCCAGCGUCGGCGAGGAGUACCGGCGCUUCACGGGCGUGAAGGGCGGCCGGAUCCUCGUGGAGUUGUUGAUCGAGGCCUUCGACGUGCACACGAUCGAGAUCAACCCGCAGGUGGCGCCCGAGUGGCUCAUCCGGUGA